GGUACAACUCCCCCUCCACCAAAAACAGCACCAGGCACAGCAUAGGCAGGAUGUGCGGUGCGUCUCCCAUCCUUGUGCGCCGGACGGACGAAAGGCCUUAUUAUGGUAGCAGACGAAGCCCGAUGAGGGAACAGGAGUGGUAGUGUAGUAGUUCCAGUCCUGUGCUACAGUCGUAAAAAUAAAAUAUAUAUUUUUAUUUUAAUCGAUAAUAAUAAAGUCCAUCCAGCUUUUUUCCCUUCAAACACACAUUUAAUUGUCUCCUGUAUUGGUUCCCGUUUCCCCGGGAGUAGUAGUCAAGUGCGCACCAGGUUUCUCAUUCCGAGUGGUGACGACGUCCUGACAGGAUGAAACCGUACUGAGUGUCCCGUUUUUCCCAGUUUUCAUCCAGGAAAAGGAGCAGACCAGAAAAAAAAAUCCCAGGACCAGAAAUUGCAGAAGAAACGAUCUCAAAAUGAACUUUUCACCGUUUGGAACGCAUUUUCCCGGAACGAUUCCGGGAAUCCAUCAGUUUGCGAGCAGUGGGCUGGUCACCAGUGUCCCCUCGACCUCCCACGAUACCAACAAUCGAUAUCACACCAUCAACUCCAAUGUUAACAUGGCCCACUUCAACCAAUCGCAUGGACCCAUUUUGGGGAAAUUCCGCCCAGAAGACACCGCAUCCAACGUGCUGAAUUCAAACAAAUAUAACGGUCAGCACAGCGCAACGGUUGUACCUGCGACCACCACAAGCGGCCAGUACUCGAUUCCGUACAGUCAGCAUUCCGAUGUGGUCGACCAUAAGCAACGGAACAUGUAUCCUCAGUCAACGAUUGCCAGCAGUGCCGGGGGCUCGGCUCAACCUCAGGAAAUUACACAGGACAUCAGCGCCUUGCUCCAACAAGCGGAUAGCAAACGGGUCCUGCAGAACUCGAGCUGGCAGUCGCUCGCUCCUGGUGCAUCCGUUGCCGACUACCUCUCGCAUCUUCCGGGUACCGCCCUUCCCCUAUCACUCCAUCACUUUCUGAAAUAUUCAGCCGAGAACAUCAAAAAGGAAACGCAAAAUCCGCUUUCCACCAUCGAGAUGUCGCAGACACAGACGCAAAAUGUUAACGGCGGGAAUCAACACUCAAAUGGGAUGAUUUUGCCCGCUUCACAAGCCAUUGCCAGCAUCCUGGGUCACCAGAAUCAGAUUGGCGGCGGGCAGACGCUUCAGCAGCAACAACAGCAACAGCAGCAGCUGCAUGGUCAGCAAGGUCCCACGAGUACGGGUACGAUCAAUGGAGCCACCACAACCAACGCUAGCGUCGGUGGAACCGAAAAGAAGAAGAAGAAAAAGAAGAAGAAGCCACCGAAGGAGCGGAAGCCACGUCCCAAACCGGGAGAAAUCCAAGUCCGAACGGCUCUGGACGGCAGUCCCCUGUUCCUCUGUCCCGAAUGCCAGAUGGCCUACCCGGAGCGGGAAUUGCUGGAACAGCACCUCAUCGGACACAACCUGGAACGCCGAUUCAUUUGCGACAUAUGCAACGCCGCGCUCAAACGUAAGGACCACCUGACCCGCCACAAACAGAGUCACAACCCGGAGAGGCCGUUCGUUUGUACCAUUUGUUUGAAGGCUUUCAAACGUAAGGAACAGUUGACACUGCACAUCGUCAUUCAUUCGGGAGAGAAGAGACAUAUCUGUCAGGAGUGUGGCAAAGGUUUCUAUCGUAAGGAUCACCUCCGUAAGCACACCCGAUCGCACAUUGCCCGUCGAUUGAAAGCCGAACUGCAGGCCCAGCAAGGCAGCACCGAGAACGGUUCAAGUGGAGGUUCGACCCGUGGUAACAAGAACAACAGUAACAGCAACAAUCAAUCCAACAACCAACAAAAUACCACCCAACAACAUCUGCAGCAACAACAAGCACCUCCCCAAGCACAAAUCCAACUGCAACCGCAGGGUACAAAUCAACCGCCUCAGCUGCAGCCUCCUCAGUAUCAUCCGAUCCCACCGACGGCGCAGAUGAUGGCUUGAAGUAAAUUUAGGUUCGAUCCCUUCGAAUCACGAGUAUAUCUUAAAACCGAAAUUAUCUAGGUUCCCUUGAUUAGUCCCACAUUGGCUAUUAUAAAUUGGAUAAAUACAAAUUAUUGGAAUUUCUGUCGUGGCCUGGCUUUGAACCCGGCCACAUGCAUUUCUUAUUACAACAGCCGAGUUACAAAAAAAAAAGACAGGUUUCGUGCGAUUGUCGUGUUUUAAGUAGGAGUCACUAUCUCUGUCUGUCCCUGUAUUUAGCGGUAUCGAUAUAUUGAGCUAUUGGCAUGAAAUUAGGCGUAGGAUCUUUGUGCAAUUUUGAUAAACGUUACUUUCUGUUUGCGUUCGUCGAUGUAGGAACGAGUACUGUUUUAAGUUCUUUAUCACCUGUAUGUUCCUUGGUUAUAAUCUAGACAAAAUUUAAUAUCCAAAUUGAAAAACAAACUGUUGAGAAUAGUUUAAGAUGAGUGAUUAGGUACGUUUACAAGCGCGCAACUAUUUAGUUAUUACAAGGAAGGCGAUAGUUCAAAUGUUUUCUUAUUUAGCACCAGGAGACGAUUUUUUUUGUUUUAGGAUUGAAACGUUAUUGCACUUAUACGAAUACAUAAACUUAUGAACACUGACCUAAUAUUUAACUGAUUAGAAUGUAAGAAUGUGAGCUAUCUAUAACAAGAAAAUAUACGCAACAAUGGAAAUAUAAA